GAACGAACUUUGUCCUUCACAUUUCAUAAUAUUUCAAAAAGACAUGUAAUUUACUUUUUGCUUGUAGAAUAGAAUAUAAUACAAAUAUAGCAAUGUUUAACUUGAUAGGAAGGAGAUCAUGUGGUUUCUCAAAGGCUGUUAAACAGAUUUACUGCUCUCAGCAUCGGUAUUCUUCAAAACAGUUAUCUUCUUCAAAGUUUCUUCACCUAUCAGCAUUGGGAGAAGAAUCCAGUCUCUGUGUAAACUGUACUGCUCAUAGGUACCUAUCCACAAGCGCAAGACAAUGUGCUGACAAAUCUGGGCAGCCAGGUGACCCUAUGCAGGGCAAAGGGCCUAUUUCCUGGAAGAGCUUGUUGGUAGCAUUAGGUCUCGGUGGUUCACUGCUGUUCUAUGUGCAGAUGGUCAAGAAAGAGAAAGAAAAAGAGAAGGAUAAAGAAAGGAAGCGGGCAGUAGGAAAGGCUAAGAUUGGUGGAGAGUGGGAGCUGGUGGACCACAAUAAUAAACUACGUAGCAGUAAAGACUUUCAUGGCCAGUGGUGUCUCUUAUACUUUGGCUUCACGCAUUGUCCUGAUAUCUGCCCUGAGGAACUUGAUAAGAUGGUCCAAGUUGUAGAUGAAAUAGAUGCCAUUAAGCAGAUACCAAACGUUACUCCAUUGUUCAUCAGUGUUGACCCUGAGAGGGAUACUGUCCCAGCUGUUGCUGAAUAUGUUAAAGAAUUCUCUGACAAAAUCAUAGGACUGACAGGCUCAAAGGAUCAAGUGAAUACAGCAACCAGGGCCUAUAGGGUCUACUAUAGCGAGGGACCCAGGGACGAGGACAAUGAUUAUAUAGUUGACCAUACAAUUAUCAUGUACCUUGUGAAUCCUGAUGGUGAAUUUGUGGAUUAUUAUGGACAGAAUAAAACUGCUACCAUGAUAACAAGUGGCAUAGCUAUGCAGAUGCAGAAAUUUAAGAACAGAUCCAGUUAACACCAAGUGUUUUCUCGAGGGAGUUUGUCUGAAUAUAAUAUUCCAAACAUUACCUGUGAUUGAUAUUCCCACGUGGGUGUUCAUUAUAUUGUGUAUGAUAUUGCAUGUGGUAAUUGUGAUGAACUGGACUUAUACUUGGCUGUUUGCUUAAUUCAUUUUUGAACUAG